GUGGCCAGGAGCUGGGGUGCAGGCUGAGGGGGCGGCUCCCCGGCUGUCUGAGCCCCUGGCAGUUCCUACGCCUGCUGAGUGCCACUGUGAGCCCUGUCUUCAGAACCUGAGUCAGGCUGCUCACAGGUAGGAGGGAGACCCCAGCGAGAAGAGGGGGGCUGGAUCUCAGUGGAACUGUCAAGGGACACGUGCUUCAGACACUCACAUUGGCCAGUUGUUGCUACCAAAGCAUCAGGCAAGAUGGACAAGCCACUGAUCAGCCGCCACCUGAUGGACAGUGAUGGCAGCCUUGCUGAGGCCCCCAUUGAGGUUCCCAAAGUGGGAAUCCUGGGCAGCGGGGAUUUUGCCCGCUCCCUGGCCACACGCCUGGUAGACUCCGGCUUCAGUGUGGUAGUAGGGAGCCGCAACCCCAAACGUACAGCCGGGCUCUUCCCCUCAGCAGCACGAGUGACUUUCCAGAAGGAGGCAGUGGGCUCCCCAGAGGUCAUCUUUGUGGCUAUGUUCCGGGAACACUACUCCACACUGUGUGGCCUCAGUGACCAGCUGACUGGCAAGAUCCUGGUGGACGUGAGCAACCCCACAGAGCAGGAGCACCUGCGAAACCACGAGUCCAAUGCUGAGUACCUGGCCUCCCUCUUCCCCACCUGCGCGGUGGUCAAGGCCUUCAAUGUCAUCUCUGCCUGGACCCUGCAGGCUGGCCCAAGGGAUGGGAAUAGGCAGGUGCCCAUCUGCGGUGACCAGCUGGAAGCCAAGCGCACUGUCUUGGAGAUGGUACGCGCCAUGGGCUUCGCCCCCGUGGACAUGGGGUCCCUGGCCUCGGCCCGGGAGCUGGAGGCCAUGCCCCUGCGCCUCCUCCCUGGCUGGAAGGUGCCCGCCUUCCUGGCCCUGGGGCUCUUCGUCUUCUUCUACAUCUACAACUUCGUCCGGGAUGUUCUGCAGCCCUACGUGCAGCAGGGCAAGAACAGGUUCUACAAGCUCCCCGUGUCCGUGGUCAACAUGACGCUGCCGUGCGUGGCCUACGUGCUGCUGUCGCUGGUGUACCUGCCCGGCGUGCUGGCGGCCGCCCUGCAGCUGCGCCGCGGCACCAAGUACCGCCGCUUCCCCGACUGGCUGGACCACUGGCUGCAGCACCGCAAGCAGAUCGGCCUGCUCAGCUUCUUCUGCGCCGCCCUGCACGCGCUCUACAGCUUCUGCCUGCCGCUGCGCCGCUCCCACCGCUACGACCUGGUCAACCUCGCCGUGGAGCAGGUCUUGGCCAAUAAGAGUCACCUCUGGAAAGAGGAGGAAGUCUGGCGAAUGGAGAUCUACCUGUCCCUGGGAGUGCUGGCCCUCGGCACGCUGUCCCUGCUGGCUGUCACCUCACUACCUUCUGUUGCAAACUCACUCAACUGGCGAGAGUUCAGCUUUGUUCAGUCCACUCUGGGCUUUGUGGGCCUGGUGCUAAGCACCCUGCACACGCUCACUUACGGCUGGACCCGCGCCUUCGAGGAGAGCCGCUACAAGUUCUACCUGCCCCCCACCUUCACGCUCACGCUGCUGGUGCCCUGUGUCGUCAUCCUGGCCAAAGGCCUGUUCCUCCUGCCCUGCUUCAGCCGCAGACUCACCAAGAUCCGGAGGGGCUGGGAGAAGGAUGGCGCCAUCAAUUUCACGCGGCCCGUGGACCACGCCCUGGCCCAGAAGACGAGCCACGUGUGAGGUGCCUGCACCCAGCUCCGGAAACCAGACAGAGGCAGGAGGGUGCCUGGAGCCUGUCAGGACACCUCAUCGUGAUCACGCAGGACAGCGGGAUUACACACCGAUUGGUGGUUUCAGGUCUGACUUCCUGGGACGUAUGCGGUAAUCUUUAGAAUGAGGCACUCGUGUGUGUGAUGUACAUGUCCAUAUCGAUUUCAUAUAUAUAACAGGAUUUGCAAUUAUACUUCCUUAGCUAAACAGUUGAGUCCCUGAGACUUCAACUUGUAGAUUGAAAGGCAAGUGCCAGAUGUUAGGAGAACGGCAGCUCCCACUGUUGUGACCUUGGCAGAGAUGCACAGGCUUGUUUGCACAGAAAAGGCAGCGAGAGGCUUGUACAUUGGUGGAUUUGAUCCAUUUGUGCCCCCGCCUCCACCCCCUUUUUGCUGCUUUCCCAAGGCUUUUGCAGAGCUGGGGCUCUGAGGUGACAGGGCAGGCAGGUGCUCUGCCCGGAGCCCAGUGCCCAGAGGCACAGUCCCCAGUGAGCAGGGGCUGUAGCCGGAGGCCGGCAGGGAUUGGGGGCAGUGGGGGUGAGCCUGUGUCUGUGCCCGGAGAGCCCCAUGAAGGUCCACCCUUUGCCAGGGGAGGGGUUGGAGCUGAGGCUGCUCCCACUAAUCCUCCCUGUGCUGGGGAGAUUUUUUUUCCUGAAAGAAGUCACCAUGGCAGCUGCGAAUUGAUCGUCCUGUGGGAGUGUGAAGUCACCUCCUUGCCGAAGCCACUAAUGAACCCUGUCUUGAGAACAAGUGUAAUUUCUUCCCCUACUUUAAGUUGGUGAUGACCGUUCUUUAAACCACUGUGCCUUCUCACCUUUUAAAUCAUUAGUUUGAAUAUCUCCCAGGAAGGCCGGGAGCAGACCCUUUAAAAGUCGGUUCAAGGGGGAGGGGAAAGCAAGGCAGAGAGCCCUCAGCAUGACAGCCCGUCUCUCUCGGGACCUGCCCGGGGGGCUGGGGGACCGAUUAUCUUCAUGGUACUGGUCCUGUAGGAGGACACUAGGGACCUCUUUUGAUGUCUUCUGCUGCCACCAGGCAGAGAACCUGCCUUCUGAGCACCCUGAAAAUCACACUGGCUCCAAGUUCCUACUAAUGAAUCGUUGUUUCAGAAUAGCUGGGAGGGUCUUUUCCACCAAAGCUGGCAACUGGAAACACUGCUGCUCCAAAGGACCAAGAGGCCACAGGACUUGUGUCCUUGAAUCACAGGCCACCUCUCACUGAUUCAUACUGAAACUGUUUUUAUUUCCCCUGUGGAGAGACGGCGAUUCUUAGCUGAGCCUCUAAACCCCUGGCAGAACCAGGAUGAUGUGUUUGAACACAUAGCGGGGUGCGAUCUUGACAGAAGACAUCAGUGAGACGCACCCCGAGGGGCAGUGUUGGUCACGCUUAUAUUCUUAGGUUGCCUGGGCCAGAGGGCAUCUUAGGGUGGAAUAAAGAGUCAGCCAGCAAAAGCUGAGCCAGUAGUGCUGCGGAAGAGGCUGCCCCUGCCUCCCCACGGAGGCUGCAUGAGCUCAUGUCUGAGGAGCGCAUUAGGGUCCUUUAGCAAAAAGGAAAAAAAAAAAAAAGCCAAGAGUAAGCACAUCUCAUUAGGCCCGAGAUGGAUGUAGGGAAGGCAUUACAGGCAAGGCUGCCGGCUUCCUGCAGAUGUUUUCCAUCUGCGGCUCCAAGACUGAGUGGCAGGAGCUUCUCUCCCAGGUGGGCCCUGGUGGAGCAGCAGCCGUGGCCCCCAGAGAGGCUCGCUGGAGAGGAGGCAGCAUCAAGAGAGAUGGCAGCAUUUGCUUGACAAAACGAGGGCCCAUCCAUUCCCUGCUGAUAGGAAGCACGGAGAACGUGGGCAGCGGGGACCCACCAAGGAUCGUCAACCCGGGUCGGUACCAGCUGCCUUUCUUCUCUGGCCCUCCCCAGGCCCAGGAAGCUCCUUUAUGCCAAAGAUGCUGACCCCGAGCAAAGUCCAGUGUGCUCCCUCCCCUUCUCCACCCACCUCCUGCUGCAGGUGCCCCUCAGGAGGGAACAGGUACCAGCAGAGGACUUAGCCAGCCACUGACUGGACCAUCAGCUCCUGAAAGGCAGGGAGGGCUAUGUGUUUGGCCUUGACCUGGUGUCUGCAGCUGCUUUUCCCUACCUCAUCCGGCAGCCGGCAACAGCACCCCCAUGAGAGCAAGUCACUCCCUUACAGCCUGGGGAAUCCCAUGUGCCUCUGGGUACAAAAGUGCCUCAACCAAAGUGCUCUGGAAACCCUAAAUGCCGUGGACGGAGGUUGAAUGUUUAAAAUCUAUGCCAUUAAAACAGUCUGUGCAUUUUGUUUUUACCUUGUAGAGCUUGACUAAGCAGCAACGAAAAUAAACAGAUAACCUUCCGCGAA